AUUGUGAGCUUUGUCGCUCUAAAUUGAUCUUACAGACCGGUCCAAUGUGGCCAAGGACGGCAUCGCUUCCCCGGGCGACUUGUCGCAACGCCCAUCUCCCUCCGAGGGCACCAUGCGGAGCGCGCAGCUUUGGGGUUGCUGCGCAAACAAAUCCACUCCGAUGCAAAACCCGCCAUUCAGCUCUCUCUUCACAGCAAUUUGAUCCAAGGCAACACAGGCGAUGGAUUACGCAAAAAUAUCUCCAGCGCAUGCAGGAGGGAAGAGAGGAGUGGGCUCGACAUGCUGAGGAGAUUAAGGCAGGAGAGCGGAAGAACUUCGCGGCCCAUCUGGAGGACCGAGGUUUGAUACACGAUGUUGUCGGAGAACGCGAACUACUACACAAAGUGUUCACCGAGAAGAGAGCUGGUAUCUACGUCGGAAUCGACCCCACAGCACCUUCGAUGCAUGUUGGACACAUGCUGCCUUUCAUGGUAUUGGCCUGGGGAUAUGUUUGGGGAUUGCCAGUGACUUUCCUGCUUGGUGGUGCAACAUCUCGAGUGGGUGACCCAACGGGACGGUUGAAGGGACGUGAGCAAGUUCAUUCCUCAAUUCGCAAAGCGAACAUGGCGAGCAUGCACAUGCAGUUGAAGAAGCUGGGCUCCAGCAUUGAGCAGUACGGCCGACGACACGGCUAUGAGAGGAAACCUAUCUGGAAACGGGCGCUGCUCAACAAUAACACUUGGUGGAACUCGAUGCCUUUUAUUCAGGUUCUACGGGAUUUGGGCGCAUACAUGCGACUUGGCCCCAUGCUGGGCCGAGACACUGUCAAGACUCGGUUGAGCCAGGGUGACGGCAUGUCUUUCGCCGAAUUCUCUUACCCACUUCUUCAGGCAUGGGAUUGGUGGACUAUGUUCCAAAAGGGUACACAAGUCCAAGUUGGAGGAUCCGACCAAUACGGCAAUAUCCUGUUUGGAAUGGAUGCUGUGAAGGCGAUCAGCCGCAACACUGCUGACGAACAGCUCCGCAAUCCUUUGGAAUCGGAGCUUGACCGACCUAUUGGAUUCACAACCCCUCUUCUAACUGCGCCCUCUGGAGAGAAGUUUGGAAAGUCUGCGGGUAAUGCUAUCUGGCUUGACAAGGACAUGACUUCUACUUUUGAGCUCUACCAGUUCUUUGUCCGCACACCUGAUGACACCGUGGAGAAAUACCUCAAGCUGUUUACGUUCAUCCCCCUGCCCGAGAUUGCCUCGAUUAUGGAGGAGCAGAACAAGGAUGCUUCGAAGCGCGUGGCUCAGCACAAGCUAGCCUAUGAGUUUGUUGAGCUGGUCCACGGUAAAGAAGAGGCGGAUGCCGUCUCGCUUCAGCACCGCCAGCUGUUCCGGCCUCGGUCCUCAACCGGCGAGCCAUCCCCGAUGCCUCGGACCACGAACCCCCCUGCCAGCCACGCUCAAUCUUCUACCUCCGGCUUCGCGACUCCCCAGUCAGGAAACCCGUACGCGUCCCAGACCAACUUCGCCAACAUGCCUAAUGCUCGGGUCACUCUUCCCAAAUCCUUAGUUCACAACCAAUCCUUCAACAAGAUUUUGUGGUCUGCUGGCCUCGUGGCUUCCAAGGGCGAGGGCCACCGUGUAAUUGUGAACAACGGUGCCUAUGUGGGUAGCCGUCCUGGCGACAGCGGGCCCAUGUCUGACGAUCUUGCGUUUACUCCUAUUCGUCCUUGGCCUGCGGAGAAGACCCAGGAGUACAUCAUCGGCGACAACCUUCUGAUGCUUAAGCUCGGCAAGUGGAAGUUCAAGAUGGUCGAAAUUAUUAGCGACGAGGACUUCCGUGCUAAGGGGCUGACUGCCCCCGGAUGGGAGGAGGAGCCCUCGGAAUCGACCGAGUCGAAGGAGUGAUUCUGCUGGUCAUUUGUAAAGAUGAUGGAUGAUAUCUCUACUUGUAUUUUUAGACUUGGUGUCGCAUAAUCUCCUGUACAAUAUGCAUCUUGAGCCUCUUGAUUUUCUAAAAUGACAACAAUAC